ACAGAUACAAAACAUACAUCCGCUAACGUUUUGUUCGAAACCAUCCAAUCCCAUUUCAAAAUGUUAAGUUCGAAAAUAUUGUCUGAUUUCGAAGCGAACAGUCUGCUCCUGUCGUAACUCAACAGAUGAGAGAUCGAUCGGAUGCUGAAAAGAGCCCCGUGCGAUCAUCCUGUACAACUCGGAUGCAGAUUAAGUGCAUUCCAACAGGAGUUAGCAAAAAGAAAAACAACAUCCUGGAUGGAAUACUGGCCCUCGGUACCAUCUAAGCCCACAAAGUGUUUGUAGGGAAAAGUGUACGAGCAGGCAAACAUACGGUGGCACUACUGUUGGAUCUUCACCCCCAUCGGCAGAAAGUGUAAUAUUUUGUAGGGUGCAAAAACACAUACGAAGCAAUUUCCAUGCUAAAAAGGGGAAUGCUGUUUAAAGUGUAGUGAUGAAUAAAAAAAACGGGUGCUAAAGUGUAAAAGCUAGUGCGCUGUUCACGAAUGUGUAAUCAUCUUAACAUUCCUUCCGCCCCGGGGGAGCGCUACUCUCGUUACUUCAUCCCGCUUUUCAUUGGUCCAUUGGAUUGGAUGUCGUGGGCAGGCCCCGCAGACGCAUCGACACGAAACACGUCAAUUGUGAUCAGGCCCCGCGCUUAAGGAAAGCUGCUGGCAUUGCUGACACCAAAAUAAGGCCUCUCGGCAGCAUAAUCCUCGGUCGAUCGAUUUACCGAUCAGUAAAUGAAGUGUCGCAUUACGUACAAAAAAGGCAAAAAGCAUUCCAAAUUAAAACGGUACGAAGAGAAUGAUCGCUGAAGACUUUCCCUCUUCCUUUGGCCAAGCAUCCAACCAUUGGGCUUGGGGCUGUGUGCGUGUAGGCAACAGAAUCGCUUCUUAGCAUGUAGCGUGCUGGGUAUGUGUGCGUGUGCGUGAUAUGAAGAAAUGCUUUCGACGUACCUACCCCGCGUGAUGGUAUGUGUGGAGAAAAACCGUUUGUUUAUGUGAAAUUGUUGGAAUUCCUGAAUUCCGUCCGCUUGUCCCCGAAGAAAACGACGAAGAAUCGCGUUCGCUGGACUGGUGGUUCGCUGCGUGUGUGAAAAAGUUGUGAACAGGGGGAACCGAACCGAAAUAAACCGGAACAGUGAAAAAUGUCUCUUUAAAAUCCAUAUUCGCGUUGCGUGUUCGGAGGUUCGGAUUGUUUUGUAAAUGAAUUUUCUGUAUGUUUUGCAACAUUGCUGCACAAGGGUGAUCCGGAAAAGUUGGAUGCAAUCUCUCUCUCUCUCUCUCUCCCACUUGUGUGUUAGUAGUUCCCCCGUGGACCAUUUCUCGGAUCGAUCGUGCAUAGUUUCCGAAGGCAAAGAAUGCAACAUCCGAUCAUACGGUGCAGUUCGCCGUCGUCGAUCGUUACGAUAAUUACUUAUCGCGAAGCAAAUUAAGGUACAAUUGAAGCAAAUUUACCAUUUCUUCGAACGGCUAAUGAUAGGUUUGCUGGCAACAAAAUGACGAAAUAAUCGAUUGAUCAUGAAGCAUCUUUUUGGUUGUGCAAAUGAAUCAUCCUUUCAACCGCAGUUUGUCACACGAAACGUAACGAAGCAACGUUGGGUCGUGCCAUUUCCAACCCCGUACAGUGGAAACACAAUUGUUCGUUUAAGUGUUGUUAGUGUAGAGCAAUUUACUGUUUAGUACAAGAAAGUGUCAUCUGUGCGAAAUAAAAGUGCUCAUUAAUUAGUGAUAAGCGUGGCUACAAACCAAGCAUUUUGAAUGGUUUUUAAAUCCCAGUGAGAAAGAAAAAUCGAUUGUAAAGGAUAGUCUACCAUCCGUCGAACGGAUUAAAAAGCGUAUCACACUUCCAGUAGGAUAGAAAAUAGCAAGAUCCCUAAUUCGUCGAAGUACAAUUCGAUUCGAUGAAUCAAAUUCCAUCCUCCAAUCAAACAAUAAAUCACAAGUUCGUAGGUAUUGCAGUGUAUUGGUAAUCCGUUGGGGUUCGAUUGAUCGAGACAAGGUGGAAAAAGAACAGAUAAACCAUGACGGAAUUUUUGCCCCUCUGCGAUGUGCUGUUUAAUGUGAUCUCGCUGGCCGGUUACUUUUGUGACGUCGUGUUCGAUGUGGUGUUAGGCUACGCGCUGUACGAGCGUCAAAAGUUCGCUUACUUUGCCGCGGUCAUUGUGAUCGUGACGUUUUCGCUCGUAAUCUCUCAGAUCGUAUCCAUCCGGUGGUAUUUGAAUAAGCGAAAAAUACGAAAUGCCACAACAUCGACCACCGGUCCGCCCGGGUCGACACAGGACGCUGAAACGGGAGCUAACCCACCGGGUAGUACUAGCGGCAGUUUGGAAAAGAAGAAGAAAAAACCAAACAGCCUCACCACGGCUAAUGGACCAGACGUCGGACAUAGAACGGAAGGUACCAUCAGCAGAACGGGAGCUGGUUCCCGCACAUCCGAGUACAGCCGCUACAUUGUGCUUGCACUGCACGUAACCCAGCUCGGUGUGCUCUGGCGAUAUGCGAAGCUGUUUGUACCGGUCGAUUUGCGCCAUGUCAAGCACGAGGUACGCGACCUCUGUAUGUUGCGGCUGGUGCACGCUUUUUGCGAAGCGGCCCCAAUGCUACUGCUUCAGCUGUACGUGCUCGUGACGCUACAGAGCGAAGCGCAACUGGCGGCAACACUGAAGCUGAAAACACUCGGCCAUCAUCACCAUCUACCGGUUAGCACGGCACUUGUGCAGCAAACAAAUUUGGUCGAACAGCAGCAGAAAACGUUUCGCGAUCUUAACAUGGUAUCGGCGACACUGUCACUGUUUAGCGUGUGCUGGGCGCUGGCCAGCUUCAGCAAGAACGUUCGGCUGCAGAACGUACACCGGCUUGUGCUGACUUGGCUGGGGGUUAUCUUUCAAUUUCUGUGGCGACUCGGUACGGUUAUAUCGCGUGUCAUCUCACUCACGGUUUAUGCAUCCGUGUACAGCCAUUGGGUGUUUUUGGUGAUAAUACUGCACUGGUUUUCUAUGUUUCUGUGGUUGAUUUCACCGAAGAAUGUGUUCCACGGAGAACGUAUCUCGCGUCUAAAGAAGACAACCCUAGGGGGAUUGAUCGGGUUCGUGUACAUUUUCGCCUAUAUCAAUCUGCAAGAAGUGAGACAUCGGCAAAAAAUGCUAACAUUCUACGUGGUGAUGUUCGCGGAGAACUGCCUGCUCGUAUGUCUUUGGAUGGUUGGUGUAUGGCCGAAUCGACCAGAUGGAUGGUACCUAGUACCGGUGUCGGUUUUGUGUAGCUUUGCCGCAGGACUUUUCUUUAUGGUCGUGUACUAUCGCUACUUUCACGUGAGGCGUCUCGGCUACGAAGCCGGUGGACGCGUUUCGGAGAAGUGUGCUGGUCACUGUGGAACCGAUGGUUGCCGUUGUCUGGCCGGACAUGAGAACGGCCUCGAUGGGAUAGGAAUUUCUGGUGCAGGUGGAUGUAAGGGAGGCGUAGGUAUUGGCGCAGGACUCGCCGGUGGUGGUGGUGGUAUGAAUGGUGCCGGUGGUCAAAAGUACCCGCAUGCCAUACCGGGUGUCUUUAACUGUCGCUUCUCGAACCCGGUAAAUGCGGCUACGAAGAGAAAAAAGAAAAAACCGACAACAUUUGUACCACCGCCGAACUUAGCAAUUGCUUCCCAAAACACGGCCGGUACCGGUAUGAAUGAUCAUCAGAAUGUGACUAGCCAGUUUCUACACCAUCAAACGCACCAACCACAGCAACAACAUGCACAGCAACAGCUGUUACAGCAGCAUCAACAACAGCAAUAUCUACAGCAACAGCCUUUGUUAUCACAUCAACAACUACAGCAGCAGCAGCAGCAACAGCAGCAGCAGCAGCAGCAGCAACAACAAGCGCAACAACAACUCCAGCAACAGCAACAACAGCUGCAGCAACAGCAGCAACAAUAUAUGGGCCCAAUGGCCAUACCCUUCUGGAGACGGCCUUUACCCAGGUCACAUACGGGCGGUUCGAGUGAGAACGAAGGCAGCAGUGUGGGAUCGCGUGUUAACAUCCAGCAAAAGCUGCAAGAGAAGAAACAGAAGCAGCUGGCCGAGUUGAAGAUCAUCGAGGAAGAGAUCAAGCAGGGUAAGCUGGGUGGUCCGGGCGGUACCGGUACGCUCAGUUCCGGGGACGAUGGUAAAACGACGCUACCGAGACAACCGAUCCCGCGGGCUAAGAAACACAUCGAUCUCGAUCCAAUCGAGUGGCGCACUUCCAGCCCGGACAUGGCAGAAAUCGUUGCGAACAAAUCGUUCAACGAUUUGAAUUUACUGCUAGCUGCCAACCUGGACGAUGUGAACAGUUUGAACAAAUUUAACAGCAACUACGAUCCGAUCUACAACAGCUUCGGAUUGAAUGGGAUCAAUAUAUCAGCUUUGGUGAAUUUGAAAAGUGCUGCUGCUGGCGGAACCGGUGGUGGAUUGGUUGAUGCCGGUGGACAAUCAUCUUCGGUACCGGUGGGUCCGGUGGUAGGUCCCGGGAAUCGAAACAUGUCACCAAUCUCGUCACAAAUCUCUGCCACCGAAAGUAACUCCCUGACGCGCCAGGUGAUGCCCCGUUCCAAGAUUUUACCCAACAACAUCCCGCGCAAUCCAUUCGCGGAGAAUUAUCGUGGUAAUUUUGUGAAUCUGUACGCGGAUGCCGCUGCCAGUACGCCGGCUGGUUUGAUCAAUGGUGCAACGAGCGGUAACGGUGGUGGGACAGGUGUACGAGCUCCCUCGAUAAGUCCACGCACCACUGAGAUUGCACAAUCGAACCGGGCCAUCCUGUACGAUGCACAUGGUCGACUGUACACCGAUGCGAAUCACCCACGGCAAGUGUCGGGAACGUACAGCAGUACCGAGAAUGCCGGAGCAGAAAAUCUACCUUUCCCGUACAACGUAGUACCACCACCGAGGAGUAAGCUAGAUAGUCGCGGAACACCAACCACCCCAGUACAGUCCGGGUCUGCUAGUGGAAGUGCGAACAAUACGAAUAGUAGCAACAAGUCCGGGCGCACCACGACGACCGCAACAAUGGCAGCCAUAGUGGCCAGCGUUGGUGGUGCGGUAGGAUCUUCAAGCGGCACGGUUGGUGUUGGCAGCAGUGUAGCAACAGGUGUGAUCAAUAAUCUUAACAAUACCAAGCGCCAGAAUAUGCAACGUGCCAAAACGCCGGAAAUAUUGCUCGCCCCACACUAUCUAGAGAACUCGCGGAUUUACUUCGAUUGGGUGGCCCGGGAGGCGGCCAACUUUAGAUUACAAGAAUCGGAACAUGAUCAACCGAUUGAAAGCAGUGGUGAUGAGAAUUUGGAUAACUCUGGAUGUGACGAUGGACAUAAUGGACAUCAUCGGAUACCUUCGGACAUCGAUAGUCAGGUCUCAUUACCCCGAUCGUACACAUUGCCUCGCGAGUUUAAAUACUAUCGACGAAACAAGGGUCGCAAGGUGAAAAAUGAACACUUCAUCGCUAGCACAAACAGCAGCGACGGUGACGUGGACAGCGGAGAUGAUAACGAGUCGGAGCGGCUAUCCAACCUGUCGUCUAGCUCGCAGCGACGAGUAAAGAACGCUACACCUUGCACAAACCUCACCAAUGGACAUCAUGGAUCGGUGUUGCAGCAGCCGCAACAACAACAGCAACAGCAGCAGCAGCAACACCAUCUCCAACAGCCACUGCCACGUCAAAGGAUGAACAAUCUGAAUAAAAGCGUUACUCAAAACCAGCCACCCAUUAGCAGUGCUUCGAUCGCUCUAAUGUAUGCCGGUGGUUCGGGAGGAUCUCCGAGCGGUACGCUGCUGCUUGCAAAUGGACAAACGAUACCACCAGUGAACAGUUGCCGGCAAACGUUAAAUGCAACUCCACAAAACCUCCAUCAACAGCUUCCCCAUCCAUCGGUUCCGCUUUCAAAUGGGUACAAUCUAGCGGGGGGUGGUGAUCGCAGCAGUCCGGCAAUGCCGGCCCUUCUCUCAGGCAGUGACGGUAGUUCGGUAGGUUUGGCCGGCAAACCAGGAGCGGUACAUAGUUUCGAUCUGAUCAGUGGUGUGGAAGCAGUAGGAGCUGGCUUACCACCGUUCCAUCCGGGUGCUGCUGGAAAUGGAGGAGUGGCACGACCAACCCGUUUCCGGAUGUACGGCACCAAGAAUGGUAUGGUACGUCACGAAACCAAGCUCUAGGUAGGGAUAGUUUGAACAGUGGAUUGAUGAUAUUAAAUGUUUGCAAAAUUUGCAACAUCCGUAGGUAGCUAAUUUAUUGACCUGUGCAAAGUACUGUAUUGGGUAGUGUUUUCAAUUCGCGAAAGGCUUUUGGUGAAAUGGUUAAAACAAAAACUACUCCUCGAACGUAUGUACUACGGUUAGGAAACGAAUCACGUUACGUGCUGGCUAAAAUAACGUUGUGAUAUAAUUUAAACGCGCCAUCACGUCGUAACGAGCGUAUAAUGCUAAUCACAUGAUUAGCUACGGGAAACGGUGUUUUUUUUAAACUUUUGCAUACAAUUCAGAGACUGCCAAACGUGUUGCACGCGCGUGCGAUCACGAGAUGUAUUUUUGUGUUGAUGAAAAUGUGAAGAGCGUACAAAACAGUAAUUGUACAUUGGAUUACAGUUUUUAAGUGAAUUUUUAACAGAUGGAAACAGUUUGUAAUUUAUAUGAUGAUUAGGGAAUCGUGUUUUAAUGUUGUCAAUAAACAAACUAAACUAUUUUAUUUUA